AAACCCGGCGGCGGCCGGGAGCCAGCAGUGCGCAGCUCGCGGCGGGGGCCGGAGGCCAGGCGCUGCCAGGCCAGGGCCGGACGCCAGGCGCGGGGCAUGCUCCCCUGGAGCGGGCCUUGCGCCCCCCGAGCGGGCCCCGCGCGGUUUCUGCAAACACGUGAAUGAGCUGGACGCCAGCCGCUGUCCCCUGGUGCCCAGCGUGAGAAGGAGGCACCGCCUACCCUCCGUUGGCAUGCCCCGCCAGCCCUCAGCCUGAGCCCAGCGGCCCCCGCCCCCUGCCACCCUGCACUGCCCCGGCUCCCCCGCGGCCCCCACACUGCAGUGCGGCCGGGCCCCCUCCCCGAAGGGGCCGCCCCCGCCACCCACCCCUGGUGCCCGGGGCGGCCCGGCCCGCAGGGCCAUGAAGCUGCAGGCAGUGAUGGAAACGCUCCUGCAACGGCAGCAGCGGGCACGCCAGGAGCUGGAGGCCCGGCAGCCGCUGCCUGCUGAGCCCCCUGCUGGUCCCCCAGCCCGCACCAGGGCUGCCCCAGACGAGGACAGAGACCCUGAGAACGCCCGAAUGCAGAGGGCACAGAUGGCUGCACUGGCCGCCAUGCGGGCUGCUGCCGCCGGCCUUGGACCUGCACCCAGUCCCAGUGGCUCCGAGAAUGGGCCCCGCGGCUCAGAGGACGAGGACACAACCCAGGAUGGGGCACCGGGCUCACCGGGCCGAGGCAGGGAGGUGCCAGGACAUGUGGAAGGUGACAGGCACUUCGAGGACAUGGCCUCUGAUGAUGACCUGAAGCCAAAAUGGGAAGAGGAGGAGGAGGAGGAGCUGGAGGAAGAUCUGGGGGACGAGGAGGAGGACGAGGAGGAUGAGGAAGAGGACUACGAGGACGAGGAGGGGCUUGGGCCGCCGGGCUCUGCUGGCCUGGGCGCUACAGCCCUGUUUCCCCGCAAGGCCCAGCCACCCCAGGCCUUCCGUGGCAGUGAUGGCGGACCCCGGGUACUGGGCGGCCAGGAGCGAUCAGGGGCUGGCCCGGCCCACCCCGGGGGGGCCGCCCACGUGGCACCCCAGCUGCAGCCUCCUGACCAUGGGGAUUGGACAUACGAGGAGCAGUUCAAGCAGCUCUACGAACUGGAUGGAGACCCCAAGAGGAAGGAGUUCCUGGAUGACUUGUUCAGCUUCAUGCAGAAGCGAGGCACACCUGUGAACCGGAUCCCCAUCAUGGCCAAGCAGGUGCUUGACCUAUUCAUGUUGUACGUGCUGGUGACGGAGAAGGGCGGCCUGGUGGAGGUUAUCAACAAGAAGCUGUGGCGUGAGAUCACCAAGGGCCUCAACCUGCCCACAUCUAUCACCAGUGCCGCCUUCACCCUGCGGACCCAGUAUAUGAAGUACCUGUACCCCUACGAGUGUGAGAAGCGCGGCCUCAGCAACCCCAACGAGCUCCAGGCAGCCAUCGACAGCAAUCGGCGGGAAGGCCGACGCCAGAGCUUCGGGGGCUCCCUCUUUGCCUACUCACCAGGCGGGGCCCACAGCAUGCUCUCCUCACCCAAGCUGCCCGUGUCCUCCCUGGGCCUGGCUGCCAGCACCAACGGCAGCUCCAUCACCCCAGCCCCCAAAAUCAAGAAAGAGGAGGACUCAGCCAUCCCCAUCACAGUCCCCGGCCGCCUGCCAGUGUCCCUGGCGGGCCACCCUGUGGUGGCAGCCCAGGCUGUAGCAGUGCAAGCGGCAGCAGCCCAGGCAGCCGUGGCGGCACAGGCAGCGGCCCUGGAGCAGCUUCGGGAGAAGCUGGAGUGUGGGGAGCCUCCGGAGAAGAAGAUGGCGCUGGUGGCAGAUGAGCAGCAGCGGCUGAUGCAGCGAGCGCUGCAGCAGAACCUCCUGGCCAUGACGGCCCAGCUGCCCAUGAGCGUCCGCAUUAACAGCCGAGCCACCGAGAGCCGCCAGGACUCAGCUGCAAGCUUGACCAGCACCAAUGGCAGCAACAGUAUUAGCAUGUCUGUGGAGAUUAAUGGGAUCAUGUACACAGGAGUGCUGUUUGCUCAGCCACCGGCCCCCACGCCACCCUCGGCUCCCAGCAAAGGCGGUGGUGGCAGCAGCCGGGGAGGAAACAGUGGGACCAGCAGCAGCACAGGCAGCCAGGCGGGGCCGGCGGGGUUGUCCGCACCCCCGACGUCUUCUACCUCAAAUAAUUCAUUGCCUUAACUGCACCACUCCUCACCCACCAUCCCCAACCCCAGGAGCCCGUCAGAUUGGGCAGGGGGUCGAGAGGUGGGCCAAGCAGGGGCCAGGGUGGUGGAAGAUACGGGUGGGGAGGGGAGAUAUCCACAAAGGAGCCACAGCUAACGCCAAAAAGAAAAGAAAAAAUAUAUAUACAUAUAUAUAUAUAUAUAAAGAAAAUUUAAUAAAACAGGGGAAAACCAAGGAACACUUGAAUUACUCAGGUUUCAGACAUUCAGAGAGAUGAAUUGUGAGAAUAGCAAAGGAAAUCUGGAAAGAGAAAGCAGCAAAUACUUCCCAGGGCUUUCCUGCAGCCCAGGUGGGCUGACUUGGACUGGUGUGCCUGGUGUCUGGUUUGGACCAGUUGCAAUGUAAGGCCAGAUCCUGUUUACCUCAUACAUCCCUGCACUGUGUGUUUUCAUUUUUGUCUUUUUUUUUUUUUCCCUAUACAUCACAUACUCACCACACCCAGCUCCUUGUGUUGAAUGAAACCCCUGAGCCAAAAUCAGUUGAAUUUUUUUCUUGUUGCUUUUGGGAACUUUCUUUUUCUUUUUCUUUCUCUCUCUCUCUCUCUUUUUUUUUUUUUUUAAGAAAUAGCGAUAUUCAAGCUCUAUAGGGUUUUUAAGAGAUUUGGGGGGUUUUGUUUUGUAAAUAUGCUAUUUUAUUCUUGGGGAGGAAUCAAACCUUAGAAAAAGGAUAUAUAUAUCUAUAUAUAUCUAUAUAUAUCUAUAUUUGUGUUCAUUCAGGGAAACGACUUGAAAAAGCAAAAAAAAAAAAAAAGAAAGUAAUACCCUUUUAAUUUUUUCCCAUGACUGAUUUGGGUUCUUGUGUGCAUUUCCUGUGGUGCAGUGGGCAGCUGGCCAGCGCAGGACACUGGAUCCCUGGCUAGAGCCAGAAAAGGCGAUGAACUCAGGUGCUGUGGGCCGGGCUGGGGUGUGGAGGCAGUGCAUGCUGGAGGGCCAUCAGGGGGGCAUGAAUGCUGAAUGGCAGACCCUGACAAACGAUGCUUUUUCUUGCUGUGCUGUGCUCCCUGUCAGGGACCUGGAAGUCUUAACUAGAAAGGAGAAAAUGCUGGAAAAAGGGCCUGGACAUGGGAGGGGACUCACCUGUCACAGUCCCCAGGCUCCUGUCUCAGGGAUGAAUAUGGCUUGGGGACUCCCUCGUGCCUGAAAGGGCUGCUUUUGAAGACUUAUCAAAAUUGGGGACUAGGGGUGAGCCGGGCUUAGCUCAGGGUGAGGUUUUUGGGGCCACGGCAUUCUGAACGACCCACCCCUUUUUGUCUCCUUCACACGGGGCCACAGCUCCUCCUAAAGGAACUAGAGGCCCAGAAGGAGGCUAUACUACUUUCUCCAUGACACCUCCUCCGGAUUAAAAGGUGGGCGUCAGUGGGUCAGCUGGGUGGGGAAAUUUAUUUCAAGGGCUGGUGACAGUCUUCACCACGAGGCAGUACCACUGUCUGUUUUAAGGCCUCGGUGGGGUUUGGGGACUUGUCCGCCCAGCCCUCGCAGGAAGAGGUAGAGUUGGGACUGUGCCUCCUACAAUACACCUUAGCGGUCUUUUCUUUUCAUGCACUGAGUUUUCAUUUCUCUGGGGUGAGGGGCCAUUAGCUCACUGUCCCCAGGGCUAGCCUGAAACCUCUAAUUGGGCCCACGGAGCCUGGCCUAACAAGGCCAAAAGGGGCAGCCUCCCCGCCCUAAGUCAUCUUGUUGCCUUGGACACCUUGGGGGGAGCAUCCUGAGCCCCCCAGUCUGGUUUUUCUUGGGUGUGGGGCUGUGGUGUGUCUUUGGGCAGAGCCCUUUCUUUGGUAUAUCUCAGGGUCAUGAACACUCCCCACUUCCAGGAAGGAGUGGCUGGGGGCAUCUGGGGUUUCCUCUCUGUUUUACCUUCUGGAAGGCUCUCUCCCCAGUUCUCGCUGCAGCAGUACAAUCACUGUGGGAGGGGGAUCUUUUUGUCCCCAGACACAAUCUGUCCCCAUGGAGAAUCUAAGCCCACUUCUCCCUUCUCCCCGACCUGACCCCCUGGAGCCCUGCACUCAUGGAGAGCAGGGUGUCUGUUGCCCAUUUCUACCUCAGGUCUGACUCUUGAUGCCAAAACUCUGCCCAUCCUGCCCUUCUAGCUGGCUCAGGGCUCAGCAGUUUCUGGGACCUGUCCCCUCCCACUCGUGGCGUGCGCUUCAUCGGAGACCUUGCCUGGGUGCUCUCUCCGGUCCUGUGUGUGUGUUGCGUGUCUGUGUGUGUCGGGGACCCGGAUGUCGUGUCGUGUGGGCGACGCGGUCCCCAGAUGUAACUCAGGGCAUGCCUGCUGUUGAAGGUGAUGAUUGUAGGGGGCAGGUGGGGCUGAGGACACAGGGGGAGCCCUUGGGGGUGGAAACAAGGAGGUCCUCUGUGCUGGGGGGAGCUGUGGCCUCUGCCUCCGGGCCCCAUUCACCCCCUGCUUCUCCCAGCUCAGGGCCACGGCCUGUCAGUGGCGGUCCUGGGGGACAGGGCAGCCCUCAGUCAGGGGCUUGUGCACUGUUCAUUCUGGAAUGAGGGGCUUAGCCGCAGGGCAAGGGCAGGGACCCCCAAACUCAGGGUGGAGAGGGGCUCACAGGUUCCCCUGGUCUGGAGAUGUUUGUGGAUGGGCUGCUUCUGGAGCCUUCCUUGUGUCCCUUAAACUGGCUGCGAGGCUGUCCAGCUAUCCAGUCGGGCGGGUUGGGUGGGGCGUUGGGGUGGCUGGGUUAGUUUUUAGUACUUGUGAUUGUCUGGCCACUUUUCUCACUUGCAUCAUUUUUGCUCACUUCUACCCUUUUUUCCCCUUAAUUUUGCUUUUGCAUUUUUUUCUUGGCAAACACAAAUUCAGCCUUUCAUUCCUGACAUGUGAAAUUUCAGUUUCUCUGGGGUUUGUCCGACGGCGUGCAGACUGCGCCUGAACUCAGGUUAAAGGGGGGGAAAACUUAAAAAAAAAAAAAAAAAAGGUAUAAACAAACUACUCUACCUCUGGCUGGGCCUCACCUAUCACCCUGGCUGGCAGGGCGGCCUGUAAGGAUUUAAAUUUUGCAGAACAUUCAGGUAUUAAAAGGGGAAAAAUUUUAAAAAAGACAAAAAAACAACAACAACAAAAAAAAAAACAGAAAAAAAAACCCACAAAAAAAACAAAGGGGUGUGAUUUUGAAAUUUAAAAGAACACUGAAAGUUUACAUUUUAUAACAUUAUUAUUCAGAUUGUAUUUAAACUUCAGAAAUAUUUAAGACAAUUGUAACCCUGUAAAGCUGAUGAGAUAUUAAAACAAGACAAAAAACA